AUGAAAACAGCUUUUGCCUCGACAUUGGCACUUGGUGUGUUGGCAUCUAUCGCCACCGCUGCACCCACCACGCAACACAACAAAAAGGGCCAUGGCUUUUGUUGGCACCGUACAGAUACAGUUAUCAACAACAACAGCUUUGUCUUUGGCGAUUCAUACAGCAGCCUUAUGGGCAGUGGUGGCACUGUAGACCAUACAUGGAGCAACUUUUCAUCAAAUGCCCAAAUCUUUGAUAACCCCAUCAUCGAGAAUAAGACCCACUCUGGUGGUCUUGACUGGAAUCAGUAUUUGACGGGAUGUCAUGAAGGCUUACCCCAGAAAUGUGAUCCUCAGCUCUGGAAUUUUGCGUAUAGUGGUGCUGUCAUCGAUAAUGAUGCCAUUGACAAUCACGAACCUGAUUCUGUUUCUUUUGUGGAACAAAUCGAUCGGUGGAUCAACAAGCUCACCCCAACUCUAAAGUGGAACCCCGCUUCCUCACUUGGUAUCUUUUUCAUUGGAUUGAAUGAUGUAUAUUACACUGCUCCUAUGAAGAAUCUUACAGCCAACCUAUACGAUGAAAUCCAGGACACGUACUUUGAAAAGAUGCACGAGAUGUACAAGAACAAUCUACGUUCUUUUCUCUUUUUUAACGUGCCAUCCUGGACUCGUACGCCUUAUGGUUUAGAGAACCCCGAUAUUCCAAACGACAAAUGGGCAAGCAUUUACAACCACAAGCUUGUUGAGCAUAUGGAUAAGUUCCAAAAGACUCACAAAGAUGCUCAUGUGCUCUACUUUGACACCCGUACUCAUAUGGACUACUACCUUGAUCAUUACGAUCGAUAUGGGUUUGAAAACAUUACCACUUUUUGCCCCAAUUACACAGCCCCUGAUAUCCAUACAAAUUAUGCUGCCUAUGGAUGCUUACCCAUGGAGAAAUACUUUUGGUUUGAUCCAUACCAUCCAACAUCACCAGUCCACAAGCUAUUGGCUAACGACAUCAAAGAAACGCUUCAAAGAGAAAGCCGCUGCUGA